AUGGAACCGGCCACUGGUGCGGCACCUUUCCUCUCCAACCAGUCUGAUAGGCGACCUCAGCAUCUCGCUAUCCCUGGAUCUACCGAUCACAAUGCUUUGUUGGGCCACUUUCAGGGGUUGAGCCUUACGGGCAUGACUUUGCCUGCUCCCCAGGGCGCGCCUGUUCCCAUGCCACCACCUUACAUGGUUUCUCCCGAUGGACUCAUUCUUGCCUCCAUGCCAGGUUCCCAGUCGGUUGCACUUAACCACCCGAAUGAAUCGGCCUAUCCUGGCUACCAGAUGAAUGGAGCCUAUGCGAACCCAUAUGCUCUAUCCGGCCCUCUCGUUCCCUUCACCCCUGCUCGCGCCAAUGCUGGACAUCCUCGUGGUGACCGAACUCAGUCCGAAGUUCCUGGCUUGGAGAACCGCCGCGGCUCCUACUCGACCACAGAGUCCGCACCUGCUACCCCCUUCUACGGGAGCUGGCCAAAUCGUGAGCAUGGUCCCCGAGUUCACAGCGAUCGAUCAGCGUACACAACUCCUUCUCCCCACCAACUCCUCGGCUCUCACCACGUCGAAGCUACGACUAAGGCAAAGCCUUCUCCGGUGUCUGAUCACGUCCUGGAUGAGAUUUUGGCAAAGGAACCUGCCAUUCCUACGGCAGUUCCUGCAGUUUUCACGCCUGCAGGUCAGAUGAAGAGCCUUGAACAAAGCCUCGAAAAUCGAAUCCCCGGCAACCGCAAUGUCUAUAUCCGUGGCCUUUACCCGACCACUGAUGAUCAUACCCUCUAUCAAUUCACUUCCCGUUUCGGUGAAGUUGAGACUUCCAAGGCGAUCAUUGACACUGCCACCGGUGCGUGCAAAGGGUUUGGCUUCGCAAAGUUCUUUGACGUUGCUCACUCUGAGAUGUGUAUUCGCGGAUUCCAUCGUCUUGGAUACGAAGUCGGCUUUGCUAGGGCAUGUUCCCCAAACCCAUGGAUGAGUGUUGAGAAGGAGUCUUUCAACUCUCGCCUCAAGGCUGAGGGCGACGACGACUCUACCAACCUGUACAUCUCGAAUCUUCCCAAGUCUCUGACAGAAGUGGAGCUCGGCGCCAUUUUCAGGGAUUAUACGAUCUUGUCUAGCAAGAUCCUUCGUGAUAGCAUGGGGAACAGCCGCGGUGUUGGUUUCGCUCGCUUUGAGAACCGAGAGAUUUGCGAUGAUGUUAUCGAGAGGUUCCAUGGUUCGAGUGUUGGCGAUGAAGGACUUCUCAUGAACAUUCGCUACGCUGAUACUCCAGCUCAGAAGGAACUGAAGCGAGUCACCGCUGAGCGUCGUCAGUUCCGAACGAACGAGUACAACAUCGGGGCCUACGGCACACCCCUCGUCGGCUAUGGUGGCUCCAUGUACCCUCACCACGCCCAGAACCGACGAGCAGCCAUCCCCAUCACCCGGCCUCCCAUGCCCCCGGCUCCCUCUGUGUCCGAUACCAACAAUGAGACUCGGCGCCUGGCUUCUCAGCGUCAAUCCAUUGGGACGGCUGCUAUUGGGAGCACCGAUGAAGUGAUUGCCACACCCGCCUCAUCCGAAUGCGGCGAGAACACCACCGUUCACGCGGAUGCAGUGGUGGCUGGCUCAUCCUUCGAUGCGUCCCCUUCAAUCAAGAAGGAAAUCAAGAAGGACGUAAAGAGGGAGAUUAAGAAGGAGAUCUAA